UGCCCCGCCCCUCAGGGGAGUAAGGAGCGCUACCAUUGGCAGGCUCAGAACGUGAAGGUGAGCGGGGUGGACGACAUGGUGCUGCUGUCCAAGAUCAAUGAGGACGCCAUCACGGAGAACCUGAAGAAGAGAUACAUGGACGACUACAUCUUUACCUACAUCGGUCCAGUUCUGAUCUCUGUGAACCCGUUCAAACAGCUUCCGUAUUUCACCGAGAGAGAAGUGGAGCUCUACCAGGGAGCGGCUCAGUAUGAAAACCCCCCUCACAUCUACGCUCUGGCUGACAACAUGUACAGAAACAUGAUGAUUGACAGCGAGAACCAGUGUGUCAUCAUCAG